ACCACUGCCUCUAAAAUGAGUCUCUGCGGGGAGAGAGAGGAGGGGACCACUGCCUCUAAAAUGAGUCUCUCUGGGGAGAGAGAGGAGGAGACUACUGCCUCUAAAAUGACUCAAGACACCAGUUCUGAGAGUGUCCAGAAGCUCAAAGCAGAGUCACCUACAACCAGCCUGCUAUCAAUGAAGAGUGAUCAGCCACCUGCUUUCAGCCAGGAACCAUUACCAGAUGACAAUAAGGAAGUGGAGAGUUUGGACAGUGAGGAUGCAUUAAAGAUCACACACAACCUUCUGGACAGAAGAAGUCAAACUCUGCUGACAGUCCAACAAGACAUUAAGGCUAAACUGAAACACAAGUAUCAACACAUAUCUGAAGGAAUUGGACACCAUGGAAACCAAAGUCUGUUCAAGGACAUCUACACAGAGCUCUACAUCACAGAGGGUGGAAGUGGAGGGCUCAAUAAUGAACAUGAGGUGAGACAGAUAGAGAUGGCAUCCAAGAAACAAACCACACAAGAGACACCAAUCAAAUGCAACAACAUCUUCAAGCCUUUACCUGGACAAGACAAACCUAUCAGAACUGUGCUGACAAAAGGAAUCGCUGGCAUUGGAAAAACAGUCUCUGUGCAGAAGGUCAUCCUUGACUGGGCAGAGGGAAAAGCAAAUCAGGACGUUCAUUUCAUGUUUCCUCUUCCUUUCCGUGAUCUGAACCUGAAAAAGGACCAAUACAGUCUGAUGCAACUUCUUUCCCACUACUUCUCAGAGCUGAAAGAGAUUGACAGCAUUAAAGAUGGUGAAACCAAAACUGUUUUCAUUUUUGAUGGUCUGGAUGAGUGUCGACUUCCUCUAGACUUCAAAAACAAUGAGAAGUGCUGUGAUGUCACGAAGCCAACCUCAGUGGACGUGCUGCUGACAAACCUCAUCGAGGGGAAUCUGCUUCCCUCUGCUCUCCUCUGGAUAACCUCACGACCUGCAGCAGCCAAUCAGAUCCCUCCUGAGUGUGUUGACCAGGUGACAGAGGUACGAGGGUUCAAUGAUCCACAGAAGGAGGAGUAUUUCAGGAAGAAAAUCACAGAUCAGAAUCUGGCCAAUGAAAUCAUCACCCACAUGAAGACAUCAAGGAGCCUCCACAUCAUGUGCCACAUGCCAGUCUUCUGUUGGAUAUCAGCCACUGUCCUUGAGAUGAUACUGAAAGAGGCAGAGAAGGAUGAAGUCCCCAAAACUCUGACCCAGAUGUACUCACACUUCAUACGCAUCCAAAUCAUUGUGAAGAACAGGAAGUACAACAAAGCCACAGAGACAAACCCAAAGGAACUGUCUCAGUCAGACAAAGAGAUGAUCCUGAAACUGGCAAAGCUGGCUUUCCAACAGCUGCAGAAGGGCAACCUGAUCUUCUAUGAGGAGGACCUGAGAGAGUGUGGCCUUGAUGUCACAGAGGCAUCAGAGUACUCAGCGUUGUGUACAGAGAUCUUUAAAGAAGAAUCUGGGCUGUACCAAGACAAGGUCUACAGCUUUGUGCAUCUGAGCAUUCAGGAGUUUCUAGCAGCAGUGCAUGCUUUAGAAUCAUGUCUGGACAAGAAGGAAAAUGUUUUCUCCCCCAAAGCAGUCACUGGUGUUGAUGAUGAUGAUGAGGAGGAAUAUGAGGAGAAUGAUGAGGAGGAGGAGGAGGAGAAGGAGGGGGAUGAGGAGGAGGAGAAGGAAGAUGAGGAGAAGAAUUAUGAGGAGGAGAAGGAUGACGACAACGACGAUGAUGACGAUGAGGAAGAGGAUGAGGAAGAUGAUGACAAUGAUGAAGAGAAGGAGUCAUUCAAAUUGUCUGACUUACACAGGAGAGCAGUGGACCAGGCCUUGAAGAGUGAGAAUGGAAACCUGGACCUGUUCCUCCGCUUCCUUCUGGGUCUCUCACUGGAGUCCAAUCAGAAUCUGUUACGAGGCCUUCUAACACAGACAGGAAGUACAACACAGACCAAUGAGGAAACAGUUAAGAGAACAGUCAGGUACCUUUCAGACAAGAUCGACGAGGAAUCCUCACCAGAAAGGAGCAUCAACUUGUUUCACUGUCUGAAUGAGCUUGGUGCCAAUUCUCUAGUUGAAGAGAUGCAGACCUCCAUGCGAUCAGGAACUCUUUCAGCAACAAGACUAGAACCUCACCAAUGUUCAGCCCUGGCCUACCUGUUACUGAUGUCAGAGGAGGUGCUGGAGGAGUUUGACCUGAAGACAUACAACACAUCAGAGGAAGGUUAUCAGAGGUUGCUGCCGGUAGUGAAAACAUGCAAGAGAGCACUACUGGAUGGCUGUGAACUCACAUAUAAAUCCUGUGAGACUCUGGCCUCAGCUCUGCAGACACCAAACUCCCCCCUGAGAGAACUGGACCUCAGCUACAAUGACCUGGGAGACAGAGGAGUGGAGCUGCUCUGUGUUGGACUAACCAGUCCACUCUGCAACAUACAGACACUAGUUCUGGGUCAGUGUGGUCUGACAGAGGGUUGCUGUUCAGAUCUGGCCUCAGUCCUGAGUUCACCCAACUCACAACUGAACCAACUGGAGCUGAGAAACAAUGACCUGCAGGACUCAGGAGUUACACUGCUGUCUGCUGGACUGGAGGAUCCAGACUGUAAACUACACACACUGGGGCUGUCUGGCUGUCUGGUCACAGAGGAGGGCUGUGCUGUUCUGUCUUCAGCUCUGAGGUCAAACCCCUCCCACCUGAAAGAGCUGGACCUGAGCUACAAUCACCCAGGAGACUCUGCAGGGGGACUGCUUUCAGCUGCUCUGCCGGAUCCCACAUAUAAACUGAUGAAGCUGAAUGUGGAUCAUGGUGGAGAGUGCAGGCUGAAAUCAGGGCUGAGGAAAUAUGCCUGUCAUCUCACCCUGGACCCAAAUACAGCAAACCCAAACCUGGUACUGUCUGAGGGGAACAGGAAGGUGACACGGGUGGUGGAGGACCAGCAUUAUGAAGACCAUCCAGACAGAUUUGACGCAUAUCCCCAAGUUCUCUGCAGAGAAGGCUUAUCUGGAUGUCGUUAUUACUGGGAGGUGGAGAGGGAUGGUAGCAUGGCUGUCAUUGGUGUGGUGUACAAAGGAAUGAAGAGGAAGAGAGAUGAGGGGGACAGUAGGAUUGGACACAAUAGGGAGUCCUGGAGUUUAGUCUGUUCUCAUAGAGGUUAUCAAUUUUACCAUGAUGGAGUCAACAGAAUCAUCCCUGGUCCUGUUUCUAACAGAGUUGGAGUGUAUCUGGACUGGCCAGCUGGUACUUUGUCCUUCUAUAGUGUGUCCUCCUCUGGUACACUGACACACCUUUACACAGAACACACCACAUUCCCCGAACCCCUCUAUCCUGGGUUUGGAGUUGCGUCCUCCUCGGUGACCUCAGUGACCCUGUGUCAGAUAGAUGACCAACACAUUCAGAGCCUUUUGACUUCAGGGAUUCCUCAGAGCUGUAAGACUUGUGACCAUGUUGAGGACUCCACACACUGGCUUCAGAUUGAACCCUUGACUUCCACUGUCCAGGGACUGACGAUGUUCAGACACAGGACACCCAAAGGGAGUUAUGAGUGCACAGUGUCUGGGCUCCGCUGGCUGUGUGAGAGAGAUGUCAUCCUGAAGUAUCACUUCAGGAACUGGGAACCCUACAGUCAACUUCUGAAAGACAUGCAGUACACACAAGGUGGUCCAUUGCUGGACAUCACUAUGGAGUUAGGUGAACUGGAGGAAGUUCAUCUGCCACACUUUGUCUGUUUAGGGACCAACCCUUCCCUGAGGAAUGAGAUGAAGAUUCUUCAUGAAAAGGAACAUGGAGUGUCUUUAGAGGAAGUGCAUGAGGUCACCAGAUUCCAUGCUAAGAUUCUCCAUCCCAAGUUCUCACCUAUCUCUCUGAUACUGAGAUUACUGUCUUGGAACGUAGAUGUCCACUGUGACGUGGUCCUCUAUAUGGCAGUAAUAAAGGCAACAGUAGAUUCAAGGCUGUACCUGCUCCUCAGAAACUCCAGUCAGAAAGAGGCUGUUCAGGAACGGGAGAAAGAUCAGGUGUCCAAAGGAUAUUCAGAAUUUCUCCUGCCAAGUCCAAACGGGUCCUUAAAGCUGAACAGUUGGUUUGCGUUCAAGAAUCCCCACUCCACUUCCAUCUAUCCAGAGAAGAUUCAGGUGUUACCUGCAGACACCACACCAAGCUGUUGUCAGAUGGUUAUGGGAAACACAGGGGUUGACAUUGAGAUGGAGUUAAUCGGGGAUGAUGAGAGGACAGUAUGGAAAUCAGUGUUAUCAAAAGAUGUAUACAGCAAAUACUCUCAUCCAACAUCAUUAACACUCCCUGAGAUUCCUGCUGAGGAGUUUCUGAAGAAACACUGGGCUAAAAUCAUUCAGGGAGCCACAAACCCAAUGCCAAUAGCAGAUGAUCUGUGGUCAAAGGACAUGAUUGGUGAAGAAGAGUACUCCAGAAUAACAGCUGAAACAACUGAACAGGACCGAAUGAGAAAACUACUGAGAUCAGUCCUCCCUAAAGGACCAGAAGUGACGGGAGCUUGUCUCAAAGCUCUCAGUGAACAUGAACGCCAUCUUGUUAAGUACUUGAGUGAAUCUAGGUAACACAGCUUUCUUCUCUCCCUCCAUUGAAUAUGCGGAAUGAUUUAAAUAUAGGUCAAAUAAAAACAUAGCUACUGUCACGACGUGGCCUUUUGGGUGUAUAUCGUGGCCGAGCGGCCGUUCAUGUGCAAAGGAUUAGCAUUUCAAUGAACAGAAUUAUCAACUGUGUGUAGUGUAUCCAUUUUGUCUUUCCCGCUCCUUUAUCUGUCUCCACCCCUUUUCUUUGUCUACCAAGCCGUCAUACCGGCUUAGCCCACUAGGGACUUUUCUAUCAAUGCAUUGUUAGUAACCAAUAUCUACUGUUUGUUUGUUAUGUAUU